CUAGCGUGUUUAUAGAAACAGUAGACAAGCAGUGAUCGCAAUUAAUACAUGUGUUAUCAUGGAUGUAAUUAAUUUUAUAUUUCAUUCAAUGAAAACAAAACUUGUCUUAUUAAAGAUAAAAAUUUAAAAAACAUCAGGUGUGAAUUUAUUAAAAAUAAGUUUAAACUGUUAAUAUGGGUUCUGGACAAAGUGCACGCAAACUUACUAUAAAUAAUGAAGUAGAUGUUAUAGAAAUAUCAGAGUCUGUUGUGGAGCGAUUAACUCAAAAAAUGAAUGAAGAAAAACCUAAUGUAGCAAAUGAAGUAAGAUCUGCUACUUUAACAGAUUCUAAAAAGACUGCAUCUUCACAAUUAUCUCAGAGUGAUAUACCGGUAAAUGCUGGAUAUCCUGUAUAUCAGCCACAAUUAACUUUAACUGCUCUUCAAAUACAGCAACAGAAAGAAAAAGAAUUUCGAAAUCAGGAUAAUUAUUGGCAAAAACGUUUGCAGGAUUUGGAACAAAAACAUUCAGAAAUUAAUAAUAUUAUUAAUGCAGAAUAUAAAAAAGCUGCAGAGCAAUUAAAUGCCAGUGAUAAGGAUGGCAUAAAUGCUCAAGAUUCUAUUCAACCAUGUAAAAGCAAUUCUGAUAAAGUGUUCAAAUGUUAUCAAGAUUAUCCUAAAGAAAUUUUAAACUGUUCUAAUUUAGUUGAAGAAUUUUCUAAUUGUGUAGAUCAACGCCGAGCACAAGUGAUUGCAGCACGUUAACGUAUUUUAAUAUUAAAUCAUUGAUAGUCUAACCAAAUGUAAUGUAAUUUAAUAAUAAAUUUUAGUUUUUGAAAAUAAAUUAUACAAUAUAUAAUCA